UCCUGUUCUUGUUCUUGUUAUCCUUGUCAACGACAUCUCCUCAUCAUGGCAACACAGCGCAUGAUUUCCGUCUUUGGCGUCCACGCGGGAGAGCAAACAAGCAAACCCUGCCACGAAAUGAUUGACGAUGAGACAGCCUCGCCAUGAAUAACAAGAUCAUCUUGGUAAGAUGAGUGUGAGAUUCCUAGACCUGGCGCGCUGGUCCUGCAGAAGUCUUCCCGCGCAUGCAUAUGGUGAAAUUCCACCGUCAGGCAAGUCAUUUCCGUGUCAUCGCCCCAAUGCACUCUUCUCGCAGCUUAAUGCAGGAGCUGCUCUAGUGUGCAUAUCGCAAGCCAGUUUCAUCUCUUUCCAAGUGCACAUCAGAUCUCUUGCCAGCGUACGUCGCCCUUCAUCAACGAUGCCGUCGCCGUCGCCGAUGGAUCCUGGUCGUGCUUGCAUCGUCAGCUGCAUCUUCUCGUCCUUCUUCUGCAGCUGCAGCUCUUCCCUCUUCCUUGUUCCUGUUCGCCUCCGUCUCCGUCAGCUACCGCUGGCCUCACGUCUCCGGGAACCGCUGGCUUCAUUGUUCGCUUCUGCAUCCUCGUCUGCUGCAUCGCGCACGCCUAGGGCCACCUCGUUUCAGAGUCGUGAUGCUGGCACUGCCAUUCUCUUCGCUCCUUCCGCAUUGAAUUGUUGCUACGCGCCUUCUAAUACCCUUCAUUUGUGUGCCCUCGUUGAUCGUUGCUAUCACGCCGAGGCCUGAUUUGGUCCUACACUGUCGCUACUGUUCUACAUCGCUCGCUUCCGAAUCGAUCAGCCUACGACUCUACGACACUUUACGCGCGCGCCAUUAAUGAUUAAUAUAUCGAUCAAGGGCAGCUGUUGCCUUUUAUGAUCCUGCUCAUCCAUUCGCUUCCUCUCGAAUUCACUUCCGUCUAGUGACAUGGCCGAACAUCCCGAGCAGCCAUGGCAAUACUACGAGAAGGUACGCGAAUCCCCAAACA